CCCCUCCCCAAUCUCACGGUCGGGUUACACACAACAACGCGGGUUGAUAGAUCUAUACGCGGCGGGAGAUCUAUCGCGACCGGCAAAAAGUAUAUCGCAAUCCCAGCGAUAACAGACAACACAACCGGAUUCAAGGCACGCGGAUUAACUUUCGAACUUAUCAUAUAGUAGACUGGAAUUGUGCCGUCUUGAGACUACUGCACUGUGACGUGAUGGGGUAAAUUAAUGUUGUUCCUUCGACAGCAAGACUUCCUCCCCGAUCGCAAAGCGGCUGUUGCUGGAUUCACAUCCUGGUCGCUGGUUCACCAUUAUUAUUACCACGAGUUAUGGUGAUGUCGGUUCGGCGAAACUUCGUCAAAACACGCGGGAUGCCCGGGGAUUGUUUGGACUGUUUGGGACAUUCCGUUGCUUGGGACACAAGGAGGGUCUUAGCUGAGAUGGCUUGCGAGGGAAAUCCUUCCGCUGCACUAGACGCGGUCCUAUACUUGGCUGUAACGGCUGCACUCCGCAUGCGGCAAGCGGUUGCUGCGUCCGGUGUCUGUCGCUCUCUGGAUGGAUCAUCCGGCUGGCUGGAGAUGGUCCGAUCGCGCAGCAAGGUUCGACCCGACUUGAGUUGUCUUCUCGUACUUUGGGGCAAGGCGCAGGCAGCAAAUCGGAGAAAGAAAUGGCCGUUGUCGGGCGACUGCCCAUUUUUUUGGGGGGUGUUCCCGGAGGACUACGAUAAUCACAAGUAUCAGGCGGGUUGA